AGUCCGGUUUCUCUGACGUGGUACCUAUUGCCCAUUGGUUCAGCUGUCAGAUUUGCCAAGGGAAGAUAUCUUCUCUCCUACAGCCAGAUGCCUUAGUCUUUAACCCAGGAAUAAGGGACCAGUGAGUAGAUAGCGAAGAGAGGGAGGUAGCCCAGUGGUGGAGCGCUUGUCUAGCAUGUGAAAAGACAUGGGCUCCAUCCCCAGUGCUUAAGAGAGACAGAGCAAGGAACCCAGGGUCAGACAGUUGGGUGCACCUGCCGGGCUGGAAUGAGUGGCCCACAGUGCAAAACAGGGGAACACCCACCUGGGAAGUCUUCGGUACUAAAGGAGACAUCCAUUAAAUCCUGGUGAAGAGUCCUAGAGCGCAGGACCUGGCCCCAUGAGAGGGCUGAAGCAGGCGUGUGCACCUGCCUGCUGCUCCCACCACAUCUCGCCCCGCCCUCCCUACGCAGCGUAUAAGGGACCAACUGUAUUGCACAUGGAGGCCAGAAAAGCCCCAACUUUUUAAAUAAGCCCUGAGCCCGAGACAGAGUACCUACUAGUGCUUGCAGGGUACAGAUUCUCACAAGAGUGGAUCGCCAAGGACAGGGCCCUUGCAGAGGACGUUGCUCCCAUGGCAGCGUUUGUGCCAGCGCGCUACUCUCGGUGGAAAAUCGUCGAAGCUGCUCCUGCCCCAGGAGAGAGAGACCAACUCCCCGGCUAUGGCACAAGAAGCCUGGAACUGCUGCCAGGUGACUUCCAUUUCUAUCUGGUUCUCGUCUGGGGGGGCCCUGGCCGGGCAGCCCCCCACAUUUCUCCCGCCCUGAAACACGGCUCUAGCCAACCUGCUCCGCUGCUUCACCUGCGACCGUCUCUGUGGGGGCUGCACAGCGCCAGCCCCUCCAGCCCGCCAGGGCAUCGUCCUCCAGCCUGUCAUGCCCAGCUGUGACCCUGGCCCGGCCCCUGCCUGCCUCCCCACCAAGACCUUCCGCAGCUACCUGCCCCGCUGCCACCGCACUUACAGCUGUGUGCACUGUCGCGCACACCUGGCCAAACAUGAUGAGCUCAUUUCCAAGUCCUUCCAGGGGAGCCAUGGCCGAGCCUACCUGUUUAACUCCGUGGUCAACGUGGGUUGUGGGCCAGCUGAACAGCGCCUCCUGCUCACAGGGCUCCACUCGGUAGCAGACAUUUUCUGCGAAAGCUGCAAGACCACAUUGGGCUGGAAAUACGAACAAGCUUUUGAGACCAGCCAGAAGUACAAGGAAGGGAAGUACAUCAUUGAAAUGUCACACAUGGUGAAGGACAAUGGCUGGGACUGAGGGGGCUCAGGCAGGCUAUGCCCUUCCUCCGCAUGCCCCUCCCUCUUCACACCUGCCCCCUGGCCCUGCCAAGCUGUCCAUACCAGCAUGAGUACUGCCCCACCCCUGGGGGAAGCCCGGCUCCAACCAACACCUCCCUUGCCUCCACCACAUCACUACCAGGCCCCCUUUGGAACAGGGGUCUGGGGUACCCCAGGGGUGUAAAGGCUCAGGAGUGGGCAGCAGUCAGGGAAAUACAGAACUGGGGACAAAGGGAUGGUUGCGAGCCCUUUUAUUCCCAAGUUCCUGGAAAGUGAGGUGAUGGCAGGCCGGGGACUCAGGCAGAGGAUCACGGGAGGAAUCAGAUUUCGACCUCCCUCUUCUCGAGUGGAUUAGAGGAUGAACCUUGGGUUGUGGGGCUGAGAUCCUAGGCCACAGAACAUCAAAGCAACAGCUUAGGUUGGAAUGACAUUUUGGCCUCAGACACCAGGAGACCAGAGUCUCUGAGACUCCCAUUUUUGCAAAGAAAGGACUCAGGGCAGGGGGAUGGGGGUGGAAGGAAAAACCCAAAUCCCAAAUCCCAGGCCCUGGGAAAUAAAGUCACAGGGGGUUUCCAUCUCACUCCACUCGUUAGUUUACCUUGGCACUAAAGAGGCACUUUGAGUAUCUAAUCUUUGCCAUUGGAUGGGGUGGGAAAGCUGCCCAUGGAACAGCCCCCACCCUCAGCUGGCUGUUUCCAGAGCAAGCAGUCUUUAUGGGCAUUCUCCAAAGCCCAGCCACUGUUCCCUGGGACCCAGUCCCCCGGAGGGGAGGUGGAUCAUCAGCGCCACGGGAUGUCUUUCCCGUGGUUGCCACCAGCGAAAGAAACUUUUGUAUGAUAUAUAAAGUGUUUGGGUCUAUUUUUAAUAAAAAGGGGAAAAGCAACUGUGAGGCCCUGUCCUCUG